AUGAAGUUUCUUGGAACCCAAGCAACCUAUAGUGCUCCUUCAACUGCAGUACAAACUUACCAACAGCCAUCAAGCUACGCCUAUUCACAGCCUGCUCCACAAACCUACAGCUAUUCACAACCUGCAGCACAAACUUAUACCUAUUCGCAGCCGGCUGCCCAACAAACCUACUAUUCGCAACCUGCAGCUCAGACUUAUUCACAACCUGCUCAAACAUACAGCUAUUCACAGCCUGCAGCUCAGACUCAGUAUUACAGCGCUCCAGCUGCAACUCAGCAAUACUACGCUCCAGCAACUUCCUCAGGAACCAGUUAUACAUCGGGAACCAGCGCUGUUGGCUACAGCUCAGGCACCGGUUCUCAGUCUUGCUGUGGUAAGAAAUUUUGCGCUAUAGCUUCAGCUUAG